GUAUCAUAAGGUGGUUGGAACGCAGACGGCAGAUCGAUUACCAAAAAACAGACGCUAGUGCAAAGUUCCUGGGUACGCACCGUCCUCACUCUCUUUGUAAAAAUCCUAACCCAAAGCUCCAAAAAUGAGCCCUUUGCCAUACAUGGCGAGAUCACUGACUAAUCACUGUAGAAGAAAUUCUAAACCAUACUUAUCUCUCUACUCAACUUUGGGGAAUUUAUCAAAGCAAGCGGAGAGUGAAUUUAAUUCUCAUCCAUGUAGGAAAAAUAGUUUUCGGAGUUUAAUAUUGCAGUCUAUAUCUCAAUCAGUGAAGAUAGAGAGACUUUCCGAUUCUGAUUUUGGAAUCAUUGAGGUGAAAUUGGAUAGACCAGAAGCCAAAAAUGCAAUUGGGAAGAACAUGUUAAGUGGCUUACGACAUAGUCUGGAAGCUAUAAAUGUGGAUUCUUCAGCAAAUGUUGUAAUGAUCUCCAGCUCAGUUCCUAGGGUGUUUUGUGCCGGUGCUGAUUUGAAGGAGCGUAGGACAAUGAGUCAAUCUGACACCCGGGAUUUUGUCAACUCUCUGCGUUCCACAUUCACAUUCUUAGAGGGACUUUCCAUUCCCACAAUUGCUGUUAUUGAAGGAGCCGCACUUGGUGGUGGACUUGAAAUGGCUCUUUCAUGUGAUCUUCGGAUUUGUGGUGAGGCUGCAGUAUUGGGGUUGCCAGAGACAGGACUCGCCAUAAUCCCUGGUGCAGGUGGAACCCAGCGUCUUCCUAGACUAGUUGGAAAAUCAGUUGCGAAGGAACUCAUUUUCACUGGACGAAAGAUCGACGCCAGAAAUGCAGCUUCAAUGGGCCUCAUAAACUACUGCGUUCCUUCUGGCGAGGCUCAUCUGAAAGCUCUCGAAGUUGCUCGAGAUAUAAAUGAAAAGGGUCCAUUGGCGAUUCGGAUGGCAAAACGCUCUGUUGAUGGUGGACUAGAGCUUGAUUUCCCGUCUGCUUUAGAAUUGGAAGAGGAUUGUUAUGAGCAACUCCCGAAUACGAAAGAUCGGUUAGAAGGUUUGGCAGCAUUUGUAGAGAAGCGAAAGCCUCGAUAUAAAGGUGAAUGAAUAGGCGAAAUAGACACCAAAGAGUAUCAUAUUCUGCAGUUGCAUGAAAGUAGAGAAGGAAAUGUAUGAAAUUCGGUGUUGGUUUGGGGAAUAUAGUUGUAUCAGUUGCAGUAGAAAUUACUUUUCCUCAUACAUUGUUGAAAUAAAUAAAAGUGAAGGUAGAAAAGGUCAGUGGCUGAGAUUAUGUGAGGCCAUAUUAGUGUGAAGUGUGAACAAUCUAAUCUCUUGGUAAUUAAAAAAUAUUAAUCAAACAAGUAAAAAAAAAAAUUUGAUGGAA